GGUGCCUGACACCCCAGGGUGGGACAGGCGCUGGGAACAUCGCUCCACCACGGGUCUGGAUGUGCUGAGCAUCCUCGCCCAGCCAAAAAUCAUCCUGUACCCAAACCCAGGAUGAUGUAGGUGAGCCCAGCGACCCCUACAAACACCUCUGCCUCUACUCGGGGUGGCCUCGAGCAUCUCCACCGUUCCCAGCAUCCUUCAAAUCUCAGGGAAAACACAACCUAGGGAAGGGGAUGGUGGUGUGAAGCCCCGUCGGUGGUUUGGGGCCGUGCCCACCUCCCGGCCCUACAGCACCCCGCAGGCGGGAUGCCGGCUGCUGGGGCUCUGCCCGCCGGCAGCACGGCCGAGCUAUUGUUUUCCCUUCCUGCUUGUUUUUCCGGACAUCCUCGCGAAAUCCUAAACCCCCCCUCGCAGCGGCUCCCGGCGAGGUCCUACUCUGGGAGGGCACGCAGUGGGAGAGACGCUCCGGCAGCUUUUUGCCCCUUUUUAUCCCCCAAAAAUUGGGCAGGAGUGGCACCGGGAGGAGCUGGAGCCCUGCUGGAGCUGAUAGUCGAAAAGACGACUGACUACCCUUCGGCCGAGUACUCCCUGGUGGAGGAUGUAGCCCUCCACUUCACGUGUUUGAUGGACAGACUGAAUGAGCAGCGCCUCUUUCAGCCGGACCUGUGCGACGUGGACAUCGUGCUGGUGCAGCACAAGAGCAUCUUCCCGGCGCACAAGGGGGUCCUGGCGGCCUACAGCCAGUUCUUCCACUCCCUCUUCACCCAAAACAAGCAGCUGCAGCGCGUGGAGCUUUCGCUGGAGGCCCUCACCUCCCAGGGCCUCCAGCAGAUCCUCAACUUCAUCUACACCUCCAAACUCCUCGUCAACUCCUGCAAUGUGCAGGACGUGCUGAACGCAGCCGCCGUGCUGCAGAUGAAUAACAUCGCCUCCUCCUGCCAGGACCUCCUCGACACGCGCUCCCUCAGCCUGGCCGCCGACAUGGCCCUGCCCGCCGAGGGCUGCGCCGGCGCCCCGCCCUACUACUGCGAGAUCAAACAGGAGGUGGACGCCCCCCACCCCAAAAUCUACGCCCGGGAAGGCAACGACCCCUACUCGGUGCGGGUGGAGGACGGGGCGGGCGGUGGGACGCUCCCCGCGGGGCCGGCCAAGCAGUACUACAAGGAGGAGAAGGACGGCGGCCCCGGAGCCGUGUGUAAGAUGGAGGGGGAGGAAUCCGAGGAGGACCUGGACAGCCAGGGCUCCUACAACCGGGAGCAGAUCAUCGUGGAGGUGAACCUCAACAACCAGACCCUCAACGUCUCCAAGGGGAUGGAGGGGAAGGCGGCCGCCAGCGAGGCGGCCGUGAUGGGGCGGCCCGACAACGAUGGGCGUGACACGGAGGAGGACGGGGAGGAGGAGAACGAGGAAGGGGAGGAAGAGGAGGAAGAGGAGGAGGACGCGGAGGUGGGGGAGGAGGAAGAGGAGGAGCACAGUGAGGAGGAAGACCUGGAGGAGACGACAGAAGAAGAGGAAGAUGAAGAUGACGACGAAGAUGCAUCGGAGGUGAAAAGAGAAAAGAGCGGGCAGCCUCGUAGGGGCAGCCGAGCAUCCAAGGCCACCAAAUCCACCAUGGCCACCAGGUCGCAGGAGAUGGCCAAGGCAGAAGAGGAGGAGGAGGAGGAAGAGGAAGGGCAGCGAGGGAGGAAGAGGAAGAAGGAUCAGGACGGGCUGGGCCAGAAGGUGAAACUGGAGGAGAAGCAGCACUACCCGUGCAAGAAAUGCCCCCGAGUCUUCAACAACCGCUGGUACCUGGAGAAGCACAUGAACGUCACGCACAGCCGCAUGCAGAUCUGCGACAAGUGCGGCAAGCGCUUCCUCCUCGAGAGCGAGCUGCUGCUGCACCACCAGACCGACUGCGAGAAGAACAUCCAGUGCGUGACGUGCGGGAAGGGCUUCAAGAAGCUCUGGUCGCUCCACGAGCACAACAAGAUCGUCCACGGCUACGCCGAGAAGAAGUUCUCCUGCGAGAUCUGCGAGAAGAAGUUCUACACCAUGGCCCACGUGCGCAAACACAUGGUUGCUCACACCAAGGACAUGCCCUUCACCUGUGAGACCUGCGGGAAGUCCUUCAAGCGCAGCAUGUCCCUCAAGGUCCAUUCGCUGCAGCACUCGGGGGAGAAGCCUUUCAAAUGCGAGAACUGCAACGAGCGCUUCCAGUACAAGUACCAGCUGCGCUCCCACAUGAGCAUCCACAUCGGGCACAAGCAGUUCAUGUGCCAGUGGUGCGGCAAGGACUUCAACAUGAAGCAGUACUUCGACGAGCACAUGAAGACGCACACGGGUGAGAAGCCCUACAUCUGCGAGAUCUGCGGGAAGAGCUUCACCAGCCGCCCCAACAUGAAGCGGCACCGUCGGACCCACACGGGCGAGAAGCCCUACCCCUGCGACGUCUGCGGCCAGCGCUUCCGCUUCUCCAACAUGCUCAAAGCCCACAAGGAGAAAUGUUUCCGCGUCAGCAACCCCCUGGCUUCGGACACGGCCGCCCCCCAGCCCGCCGCCAGCCCGGCCCCGCUGCCCCCCGGCCCCGGCGUCUCCCCGCUGCCGCUGCUUCAUCCCCUCCCACAGAGCCUCCCUCCUCCUCCUCACCUACCGCCCCCGCCUCCCCUCUUCCCCGCGGGGAGGAUAAAUUCCAAUAACAACUAGGUGCCCCCAAACGCCCCGCACAGACUGCUCUGCCCUUCGGAAAUGCCCGGGGAGCCGUGGCUUUGCUUGCUCUCUACCCCCCUUCCUCCUCAUUUUGGGGUUGUUUUGGUGGGUUUUAUUUUAUUUUAUUUUAUUUUGUUUUGUUUUCAUUUUCUUGCCCGUAAAGUCUUUUUUUUUUUUUAUUUUAUUUUUAUUUUUGUGGAGAGGGGGAGCUGGGGGAAGCCCCUGAGGAGCGUGGAUGCUGGGGGUGGGGGGAACCGUCCGUAAAGGUGCAGAUAAAAGGCAUCGCUCUCCGUUUUGUCCCAGCCGUCAGCCCCCGUGCAGUCUUCCACCAGCAAUCCCCGUUGUUGGGAAAACAGGGAAGGGAAGCCUCUCCCAAAGGGAUUUUUCCCACCAGGAGAUGGUGAUUCAACCCAGCGAGGGGACAGAUGCCAACGUGCAGGUUCCAUUGGCUCCGUCCCCAGCUGGGCUGCUCGUCCCGACCCUCCCUGGCUUGCCCUUUCCCCACGCAUCGGCUUCAUCUCCAUGCCAAGAGGGCUGUGGGGCACGGAGGGACACGAUGCUGCGCCAUCCUGGGUGCCAGCACUUCCGUAUUUAUAAGCAGAAAUCUAGCUAGUGGUGCUUGAAUCCCUGUACUGUAAAGCUGGUCUUUAAUUAGGCCCUUUCCCCGAGAGUUGAGGUGGGCACCGUGCAAGAGCUUCCCGCUGGCCCUGGUGGCCUUUGGCGAGUAGAUGUCCCCGUUGGAGAGCCAUCAGCAGCCCUCGCCUUGUCUUCCUGCCCCGACACAGGUUUUCCUCCCCGAUAGGCAAAAGCACAAACACCGGUGCUGUGUCCUGGGGCAUCAGCAGCCAGCUGCCCCUUUGGUUUUGGGGGUUUUGGGGGUUUUUCUUCUGGUCCCAGUGAGAGCCGGCUUGCUGGGGAUGCUCUGGAGUUUGCAGGGUGGCUUUGGAGGAGCUCAGAUGGCCUCGGGACCGGUGGGAGGGUGGCUCCGGGAUGGAGGAGCGGGACGCAGCCCGUUCUCGGCAGAAUCAGCCCAGAAUAGUGCCUUAACAAUUCGAAUAAACCCCUGACCCAUGGGGGAGCUCCAGGCUGGGAGCUGCUGGGUCUCAUCCCAAGGAUUAGACCCUGGUCAGCCCGUUGACGUCCCGUCCUCCAACUUCUUGCCAUGCCAGGAAAGCCCACGUUGCUCUACCAAGCUUCCCAUCCCCGUAGGGUUGGCAGCCCCUCGAGGGGACCCCAAUGUGCCCGUGUUGUCCCAAAAAGGGCUGCAGUCAGCUCGGUGAUGCCCCACGGUGUGGGUUAGCACCUUUCCGGCCACCUUGUCCUUGCGUGUUCCUCUCCCAGUGAGCUGAAUGAUGUUGAAGUUGAGCUGGUCUUGGAUUUCACUUUUUCAGCCUGGCUUUGUGCCAGCAGGGGAGAAGAGGAAUCGUGGUGGGGAGCGGCAAAGCCGGGGAGGUUUUGCUGUUUUCUUUUUUUGUCUUUUUUUUUUUUUUUUUUUUGUCGGACGUCGGGGGUCCAAGGUGGGUCUCUUGCUGCUGUGAUUUACCUUGGGGUGUCACACGUUGAUCUGACCAUGUCUUCAUUGUCUCUCUGCCCAGGAAAAUGCCCCUGGUCUGGGUCGGGGUGAGCUGGGAGCACCGCAGAGCCCCCAGCCCGGGCAGAGAGGUGCCAGGCAAGAAGUGGGGCUCAUUGCAGCUGCCCAGGCCAGCAGAUGUGUGUGGAUGUGGUCAGGUCGUGGAGGAGGUGCUGAGGAGGUCUGAUGGUGGUUGAGGUGGGAGAGAGGACACUGCAGGAGCCCUUUCUCAUUCACACCUCGGUCUGGGCAGUGUUGGGGUGCUGGGGAGGGUGAUCCACGCCUGGCUCUGCGCAAAGUUUUUGCGCUUCGUCUCCUGGACCAAGCCAGCAAAGCGCUUGGGCACUUCUAAACCUGCCCCCGUGUAGCCAGGAGGGCUCAUCCACGUGCUCAGGAGCUCUGCUGGAUGGGGUUGUGCAGGGGCAGCAGCCUCACUGGGACAGGGGAGAGCCCGCUCUCCCCUUCUCCAGCUCCCUUCUCCAGCUCCCACCUGUGAGGGACACGGGCUCUCGGUUCUUGGGGCCAUUGGCUUUUUGAAGGGACCAUGACCCAGCCUGGAAAGUAAUUGCUUUGGAGGCACUUUCAGUGAUACCCUUGGAGAUGUUGGAGGGCCUCAGUAGAGUGGUCCAUGCUGUCUCCUCCUUCUCUGCCUUCCAGACCCCUUCCCCUUGGGCUCCCUUGGGUUUCUUUCCCCUUGCACUCAGCAUUGAGACAGGACGGAAGCUCGCACCCCAAGGAGACUUCACCUUGCCUGUAUGGUCUUCUGUGAUGGAGCCCAUCAGCCUGCCUGCCUGGCAGACUUCUCCCCCCAAGUAAAUCCCUACACCAACGCAUGCACCCUCGUACCGCUCACCUGGAGGUGGCUUUCCCCAUCCCUGCCCCAGCUCCUCCUCUCCCAGCGAGGACCUGUCCCGCUCAGAUGUCACCAGGAGAUGACAGCUCCUCCUCGAGGCUGAUGAAGCCGCGUUGGGCUCAGGUGGGAAGAGUUGGCCCUCAAAAAACUUCUUGGUCCAUGGAAAACCCAACAACUGCUCUCAACCACCUCCAGUCCCCUUCGAGAGCCUGCCCGGAGAGCCGCUUGGAGAUGUCGAGAUGUGACCAUGCACACAGCACUUUGGAGAACCAGAUCCCUGCUGCUCCCUCCCCUCUCCGAGGCCUGGGCAGCUCCCAGGAGUCCUACACAGCCUCCGAGCCCUUUUGUCUACGCCCUGACUCAGUCCCGAUGUGUCUCGUCGUGUCUGGUUUUCAUUAACAUACUAAGAGCUCAAACGAGUCGCUCCCAUGGCGCCUCGUCCCACAUCCACCCCGGUCGGCCCCCGUCGGCCCCCGUUGGGUUAGACGGGGCGGAGGAGUUGGGUCCGUUGUUUUCAAGCUUUUUAUAUUUUAUUUUAUUAUUAUUAUUAUUUUUUAACUCUUGCACCUUAAUCUCUCACAUCCCUUCUUCGACAGACCGUGAGGGUGGAGAGGGGCUUGGUUUCCAUCGCGCCUACCCGCGAGCAGACCGCAAGGCAACGGACCUGGCGGCGUUUUGGGUUUUCUUUUCCCUUUGCUUUGAACUCUGGGGAGGGAGGGAGCCACGCAGGGAGGGUUGUUUUUGUUUUUCUAUAUCCCAGGAGCCUGGUAGCACAGACCAGUUAGCCUCAUAAUGCCCAUGAGGUACGGCUGGCCCUUCGGACCACAGCCAUAACCCAAGCGCGGUGGGAAGGUGACGGGUGGACGGACGGUGGGAGGGAACGGCUGUGACAGUGCAAUAGAGACGAGCAUCCGCUGCUAGACAACUCCACUGAUUAAACUCUUGGUUCGCCUGAAGUCAAGAGGGAAGGACAGAUGGACAGACGCCCUUGGUUCACACGGACGGAGAGAGCUUCCCCGCACGCAGCCCCGCUUAAUGACACGCAACCACGACGGAGUUGGGUCGAACUCACAAAGGAAGAAAAUUGUUGAAAAACAGGAACAAAAAAAAUAAAAAAUAAGAACAACCUCGGUAGCACGGAACUUGAAGGAAGCGAACGAAACCCCAAGCACUUGCCUCAAAACUAGUUUCUCAUGCCUGGUGUUCGGCUCUGUAUUAUUUUGCGGCAUUCAGUACCGGUUGCCCAAACAUGCCAAGUUAAAGAGUGUAUCGGUGGCUCUACUAGUGUGAACAACCUAAACGAAGCACUUUAUUCUGUAUAGAUAAGGGAAGACGGGGAGGGGAGGGGAAGCGUGGAUGCUUUUCGGAAGCGUCUUAAGUAAUGUUCUAGGAAAUGUAUUAUUAUUAUUAUUAUUACUUUUUUUUUUUUUUUUAUGACCAUGUGUAAUCAAUAUAUGUUUAUCUUUAACGCCAAGUACAGCAGUUACUCUCUUUGGGACGGUGUGAGGAGGGGGAGGCUGAGGCUGCCGGUUUAGCUCAUCGUCAUGGGGCCACCGGGGCAAGGCAUCGCCUGCUGCAAGAAUGGGUGACUCUUGCUGUGGUCUUGGCCCCGUUGAUUGUCCGGGAGGUCCCAAGAGGUGCUUCAAAGCUGCCUUCCAGGGCACAGCUCACAGCCAGCCUUGGCACCGCGGCCCCAUCCCGAGCCAUCUUCUGCCUGGGGGUGCUGGAGCUGCUCUCUGGGCCACCGGCGAGCAAGACAAGCCACUGCGGGCUGUUCUGGGGUGUCCCUAGAGGCCAGGUCCUUGGCCGUGCUUUGAAACCUGCUUUUGGCCUCUCACCAAGGCACGUUCAGGGGUCGCUGAGCUCUGGAAGUGGUGAGAGGACAGAACCGGGCCUUUCCACCGCGUUCUCCCAGUCUGGAAGUGUUAUGCCUGUUACCAAAGAGGUUGCAAAGUGGAAGGACUGAAUCAAUAAACGAUUUGUCUUUUAUAAAAGAAAGCCUCAAGCUCCGCCGCUUUCUUCGUUCCUAGGGCAGGGUCUCGCUUCUGCUGGUGCCUCACACGCGUGGAUGUCGCGUUGGGUUUGGUGGGAGGUGUCUGAACAGUCUGAGUGAGGCAACUGGACUGUUGUGGACCAACAAAAAGUAGCUUUUCAGGGAAGGGUGAUAGGUGGGUGGAGGAAACAGCUCGAUGCUUGCAGCCCCGGGGGUGUUAGGAGGGGUGAGGACUGAGCUCCUGGGUCCUACUGGCUGCACAAUCUUUGGGUGAACUAAGAGAUGAGGCUUCCUGAGCACCUCUGCAGGCAGUGGAGAAAGCGAAGAACCCAUCCAAAGGCACGCAGCACCUUCAUUGAUUGGAAAUGGAGCUGUGGGAACCUCGCCAGCUGAUGUCAGCGCUGAUAUUGGGAAGCUAAUGGAAGACGAGAUGAUUUUGCUGCACCCAUGGGAUGUACCUGCUCCUCUACAGCUAGCAUUGCCUGGAGAAGAUACCCAGGGGGACCUGUGCUGAUGGAGCUGUGUGCACCUCAGCCAGGAAACCAUGGGGCAGCAGCAAGGAAUGAUGCCUCCCUGGGUGUUCCUGCUGGCGUUUCUUCCUUACGAUUUCCUUUGAACUGAAGCAGCCUCUUGGCGAGGAGGUGGUGAACCUCCCUGGGCCAGACUUUUGCUUGGCGUUGUGCAAAUCUUCUGCCUUCCUUGGGCCAGCUCUGGCUUGCAGACUCUGAGAGCUGGCCCUCGUUGCUCAAGCGAUGGGAUAUUUCAAGCUCUUCUUUUAUAAAAUUGCCUUUUUUUCUUUCAUCUUUUCUUGCCCCGUGCCAGCGGUGGCGUCUCUCAGGGCUUCAUAAUGGAUGUGAACUGCACACGAGCGCUCACCUCCCGUUAACCAUAUCCCCAGCGGACAGCUGCAAGGGGAGAGGACUGAGGAUGUGGACCUGGCUUAAUCACCACUUCUCGAGCUGUUAUUGAGGGACCACACCACAGCAACUUAUCAAGACAAAGCAGUGCUCCCCUUGACUUCAAAGGGCCCACAUUUCCCCCAGGAAAGAAUCUUUCGAGAUUCUUUUGACACGGCUCUGGUUCCUUUACCCAUGCAAAAUUGUCUUUUCUUCCAAACAUGUUUUAGUUUCUCUGAGACUUCAUUUUGAGAUAGACAAAUCAGACAGACUUUUGAUACUGUAAUUUUCAUGCCACUUUCAGGGCGUUUACAAGGUUUGUAUUUAUUGUUUUUUUAUUGUCACCCCCGUUCACUGCAUCAUGAUGGCGUGUAAGCAUCCAGCUGGCUUUCCUCUUCCUUUCCCUAGGUAAGCCUCUAGUCCUCAUAUCUACAGGGAAAAGCUUUAAGGAUAUGAGCAUUAAGUUUCAGCUCUGAAAUGCAAGAAAAUAAGAAUAAAAUCUGGGUCUCUGCUAGGGCUCUCCAUUGGGCUGGUUUGCUGUAUGUGUUCAGCACAGCUUUUGCUUGGUCCUUGUGUUUAGUUGCUGUGGACAUUCAGUUACGGCUCUAUAAGCAUGCAGACAAAGGGAAUUUCUUUUGAAACAUUUUAAAGAUUUAUUUUUAAAUAAACCACUGGUCAGGCAGCAUGGACAUCAUUAGAUUUUUGCUCUAACAGAUCUUUGUCCUGCUGCCAGUACAGUCAUGUUUCUAUCAAAACAUCAUUAUGAUAACUUAAAAAAAGAAAAAACACAAUGCAUUUUUUUCUCAGUAGGAAGCUCUCUUUGAGCCAAACACGGCUGAGAUCUCCAAGAAUUCUGCAAAUUAGAAUAGUGUUUAAAAAAAAAAAA